UAACACCGCAUAGAAUUAACCAUAGAAGUCCCCGUCCCCCAUCUUCUCCCGCCCUCCCCGCACGGGAGCGGCCAGGGCCAGGGAGGAGGGGGAUCUGUCCGCCAUGACCGACCCCAAGCCCGGUCUGGGCCUCCUCAAGCAGCACUCCUGGUCGCCGGACACCGAGCGCGACGAGGCUUGGCUCCGGCGGAAAGGCCUCCACCGCGGCCGCCGGGGCCGGCCGGAGCGGAGCGUCACCGACGAUGACCUCGACGAGCUCCGCGGAUGCAUCGAUCUCGGCUUCGGCUUCGAGAUCUUCGACCCCCCCGCCACGGGGGGCCGCACCGCCGCCCUCACCCGGAGGCUCUCCGAGACCUUCCCCGCCCUCGAUCUCUACUACGCCGUCCACCGGAGCUACUGCGACUCCGUCGCCCAAUCCACGCCGCUAGAUUCCUCCUCUUCUUCCUCCGCCGAUGAUGGAUCGCCGAUGGAUUGCUCCCUCCCUAUAUUCUCUCCAGGGGAGAGCCCGGAGGCGGUGAAGGCGAGAUUGAAGCAGUGGGCCCAGGUCGUUGCGUGCUCUGUCCGUCAACGUUACUGAAUUCGGCUGGCAUCCAGAGAGAGAGAGAGAGAGCAUGCAAUGAGACCUUUUUUGGCCUUCCAUAUGAAUAUAUGAAUAUGUAAAAUAUUCCUGAUUGACCGACUGACUUCGGUUACCAUUUAUCUUGCUUCUGAUUCUCUGGCUCUUAUUCUUCUCUUCUGUU